AAUUCAACGGCAGACGCGAAGAAGCCCGAGAGAGUCUCUCGCGUUCGAGUCUGGUCCUGGCAGGCACGGGAAAGCCAAAAACGUAGCAGACUAUAUUGGGGAAGUGCCUCUUCCGCAUCUUCAAAUCCCUCUCUCACCUCUCGUCUUCUUCCCAUUCUCUCUUUCGUUUCCCAACCCAUCGUCUCCUUCUCCCAACGUGGAGGCCAAGACUCCUGCUCUCUGAUUUUUCUUCCCUCAGGGCGCGCUUCUUGGUCUUCCCUGCCUCCCCUGUUUUCUUCUCGCUAUUCCCUUCGAGAAUCCCCGCCAUGUCCAGGAACGUCCGUCUACGCCAGGCUGCCUCCACCCGCCAGCAACCCCUCCUCAAGAGCAGUAGAAGCUUCGUCGGCGAGGUCGUCGGGGAAACCACGGCCGAAUGCGCCGUCAUAUGCUGUUGUUUCCCCUGCGCCGUUGCUAAUUUGCUCGUGCUCGCCAUCUAUAAGGUCCCCGCCGGCCUGUGCCGCCGUGCCCUUCGGAGAAAUCGCAAGAGGAUGCUGCCGCCGAAAAGCCGUCGUUGCUCGUGCGGCUGCGACGAUACCGAGAACCAGAUUCACCCGAACUGCAUCCUGGACAUGUCUGAUCUGCACAUGUCGCCGGAGAUGGAUAAAGAGUUGCAGCAGCUGGAGAAGGAGAUGUGGGAACGGUUUUACGGUACUGGGUUCUGGAGAAGUCCGUCCCAGAGAGAAUCAUCCGACACGAUCACGAGCACCAAACCCAGAUUCCCGAAUUCUACCAAGUGGGAAAUCUCCAAGGUGUUCGUCCAACUUGUUGAUGAGUGCGAUGCCAUUGAAUUUCGAUUUGUAUGUUAAGUACAAUUUCCCCCUUGAAUUUGUGAGACCACUGGGAGACACCGACUCCAUCGUGGGACACUGCGGUGGCAAAAUUUUGUUUUCUUGUGUGGAAAGGUAAUUUUUUUCCAAACAGUAAUGGGCUGUGGUGGGUAGACUAUUGUUAUGUUUGUGGAGAAUUGACAAUCCAAUGGAAAUAUGGAAGCAGUGAUGAAGUUGUUGUUUUUUUUUUUUUUUCUGUUGGGGAAUGUUUCCUGACACUGUAACCCUGUUAUAUUAGUGUCCAAUUCUCGCUAUAAAGAUAAAGCUAGAUGACAUCAGAUAGGUUUAAGUUCACUCCCUGCAUGAAUUUGUAAUCGUUUUCGAUAUAAUGAAUCUGGAUACUCAUGCAACGAAAGUCAAUCAGAAAA